AUGCAGCCCAGGCUUUUGGUGUUUUGCUUCUUAGCCUUGUUGAUAGGCGGGACUCUUUACUCAACCAAGAAGAAAGAAUAUUUAGUUACGGUUUCCAAUAACAUAUACGAUACUCGAGCUUACGCGAAGGAACCGGUUCCAUCACCCCCACGCUUUCUCCAACAUUAUCAAUUCGAGCCCGAGAAGCCCAGCCAGAGUAUCGAACCAGACAAUAUUCUCUCAACCCACCCACGACUUUUCGGGAAUCUAACAAAGUGGGACUGUCUGCCAGCCCUCAUCGAUAGUGACUUAUACCUGUUAAGCUGGAACGAGACUAUCUUUGCUAGAGCAAAUGAAUGGUAUCCCCAGGACCCCCUUCGAUACCCGGUUCCGCCGGGUGUGCCAUUAGAUGGCAAUGGGGCUCUCGACGUUGCUAGGGAGCUGCAAUGGCGUAUCAAGCACUGGGCAUAUGCUUAUCGCCUGACCAUUGAUGAACGCUGGAAAGAUCGCAUAUGGAAAGAGCUUUUGGUCGCUUCUGGGAAUUCCACGCAAUAUUUUGGUGAAAAUGAAGAUAAUUGGAACUCCAGUCAUUGGCUUGACGUCGGUGAGUUCUUGGUGGCAUUCUCAUAUGCUUAUGACUGGCUGUAUGAUGCCUGGACGCAUCAACAAAGGGAGGCACUUAUGUGGUCUAUGAUCUCACUUGGAUUGAAGAAGGGUCUUGAGGCUUAUGACUCCAAUGCAUGGUUUCUAAGUGUCCGAGGGAAUUGGAACUGCGUGACGAACGGAGGCAUGAUUAUCGGCUCUCUUGCAGUGUAUCAUGAGGAUCCAACUGGGGUUGCUCAAGCGCUCCUACCAAUGGCGAUAGAGAAUGCAAAGAAUUACUGUUCACAGGCCGUUGAAUCGGAUGGAACAUGGACAGAGACUCCAGAUUAUUGGCACUUUGGCACACAAGCCCACUCGCAGCUCAGUUCAGCCUUACUAACUGCCACGAGCAACACUCACGGCAUGUUGACCUCUAAUUCAGCUUUCAAAAACACUUCUUGGUUUCAUAUAUACAAUAAUGGUCUGACGGAGAAAUUCAACUACGGAGAUUGCGGCCCUCCAAAAUUCACAGCCACUGCAAACUCCCUCUUUUUCUACGGGACUGCAUUUAAUAACCCAUCAUAUAUCCUGUAUCAGCACGAUAGGCCAGACGCUCCUGACCCUCUAUCUAUGCUUUGGUACAAUCCAAGAAUUGAGGGUUCGUGGUUUUAUGACCUUCCUCUUGACAGGGAGUUCCCUGAUCCGAACAGUGCAUGGGUCUCAAUGAGAUCAUCAUGGACCGAUAUAAAAGGGCUGUUCGUUGCCAUGAAGGCUGGUAGAGGGUUAGGACAUCAAACACACGGCAAUCUUGAUGCCGGAGACUUUGUUCUCGACGCCCUUGGGGAGCGAUGGGCUGGCGAACUCUGCCAAGAUAAUUACCUGUCGCCAGGCUACUUCUCCAGCGAGGCUUCAGAUAGUGAACGGUGGUCAUAUUAUCGAUGUGGAACUCAGGGGCAGAACACGAUCGUGUAUAACGAUAGUAACCAAGCUGUUAAUGCGUAUCCUAGCACGCGUUUUGGUACCACCCAAGCCGGUAUAACUGAUGACAAUCAUGAUCUUAAAUAUGAUACGAGCUUUUGGGUAGCUAAUCUUACAUCCUCCAACAACGGAACCAUGAUACAGCGGGGAGUAAGACUUCUACAAAACCGGAGACAAGUCUUGAUUCAGGACGAAUUUACAUACACUCGGUUUGGAAGUCAAUGGCGAAUGCAUACAAAUGCCUCCGUAACGUAUAGUAAUAAUGGCAGGACCGCCCACCUUCGUAUGAAUGGAAAGCGGAUGGAUGUAUCCAUUGACUAUCCCCCAGAGCUGUACUUCUACAGCCAAGAAGCUGUAAGAAUAUACAACGAACCGCAACUUUCAUUAGGGGCGAUAGAUAUGGCGAAUCCGAAUGUUACUGUCCUCACGGUUGAUGUCCCUGUCGGGAAUGUAACACUAAUCACAAGAUUUGUUCCUCAUUGGGGACGAGGGUUCCAGGCUAUUGUUCCACCGUUGAUUGAUCUGGCACACUGGACUCUGUCGUCACAUGAGCUAGAUAUCUAA